CACGGUCAAUGUGUCACUAUAAUGAGGUAAUUGAGUUAAUGGCACUAACUGCGAGGACAUUAUGGAUGGAGGGGCCUGGUGUUACAUCGUCGGGAAAGCGACGGAGGUCGGAGAGCGAAGGCAAGGAAGAAACGGAGGUGAAUAAUGUGCAUAUUGAAGAGCAUACAAGUGAGCAGGCCACGAAUGGCCAUCGAGAUGCGGACGAGUUGGAAGAUAAAGCUCCAGCUCCGCACUCAGCAACAGCAGAAGGAGGUGGCGCCGAUGACAGCGAGGAAGAGAUGCUGGUAGUGCUGGAGUUAUGUGACUUUAAGAACCAUCCACUAUUCGACGACUACAGCUCUGCGACGCUUGAGGGUAUCGACACGGUAACACCGAUGCUGAAAAUCGGAGAGUACGAAUUGCAUGGGCAACUAGAGGAAACAGUGGGCACGAGCUACUUCUACGACACGGACACAUCGAAAAUGCCAGACAAGACGUACCAGUUCGCAGGCCAGACUAUCAAGAAGAUUAAGUUCACUAUCGCACCGCCGGAAGACGUGUAGUCCUGCACUGUAACUCAACGCAUCCGCUGUACUGUAUCUUACACUGGGCACCGUGAACUCUUGAAGAGCGACAAAACUCCAUUCAUUCGCUCUUAUUUUCUUUGUUAUAAAGACACUCCACUCGUCGGUCUUUCAGGCCGCAACUCGCAGAGUUCCUCUGAGUAUCUGUGUCUGCUUAACGGUAGAGCUGUUCAACCGAGAGGUUCU